AAACAAGCCAUCUCAAAUCACCUUUAAACUUUAUAAAGUGUUUUUGACGUUAGAUGCAAGAGUGAGGAAGGUAAUCACUCAUCCUACAGAACAUUCGUGGAUUAUUUCGGCUGUGCAAGGAAACAACGAAAUUUCAAUGUGGAAUCUUGAAACUGAUUUUCGACAAACGGUUCUAUGGGCGUCGAAGGCACCUCCGCUUAGUCAUUCACAAGGUGGUCACAGUGUAUGUGCAAUGUAUUCUGGGUGCAUUGACCGUUCAGGUUUCCUAUUAGCUGGCGGCACUGACAUGAGGUUGCGUUUUUGGGACUUAAAUACACCCAACGAGUCACAUAUCGCACUGCCUGCAGCUAACGAUGUUACUUCUCCGAAUUCGUUCGCAUAUGAACAACGUUUAAUAGAUGGAACUAAUGUAGUACUAGAAGUCUUAGCCAGUGGUGGUCCUACUCCAUCAUCCGGAGGAAAUAGUGCUGUUAGAACGAGCAAUUCCGAAGAAGGUGGUCAGGGUCCUGAAACUCCACCAUCUGGUCACCAUGACACGAUUUCCGCCGUAGCUAUGUCGAACACGUGUAUCCUUACUGGUAGUACAGAUGGAUUGAUACAAGUUUGGAAAUGAUUGUUUUCUCUUCUGUCAUGACAUGUUCCAAAAUUGCACACGGUGUACAAAUUUUUCUAAUGUAUCACAGAUUUAUUCUGGGAGAAAACAAUUUCGGGUUGGACAUCGAGAUUUUUUAUGGUUGUACUCGCGUGCUACAGUAACUCUGUGAUUUUUAUUUGUACAUAAUAUGUAACACACACACACACGCGCGCGCGCGCA